AUGAGUUCUGAAAGCAACAAGGAAUUGGCUAUACAGUACAAGGAUGAAGGUAACGCCUUCUUGAAAGAACAUAAGUAUGAAGAGGCUAUUGCCAGUUAUACCAAGGCAAUUGAAGAAGAUCCAACCAAUGCUAUUUUCUAUUCCAAUCGUGCUCAAGCUCAUAUCAAAUUAGAAAAUUAUGGUAGUGCUAUUCUUAAUUGUAAUGAAGCAUUAUUGAUUGAUGCCGACUUGGUGAAAGCCUACUAUAGAAAAGGUGUUUCAUUGAUGGCUAUUUUAAGACAUAAGGAUGCUUUAGCAAAUUUUAAAAUUGUUUUGAAUAAGAUGCCAAAUGAUAAAUUAACUUUAGAAAAUUAUAAACAAUGUACCAAUUAUUUAAAGAAAUUAGCUUUUGAAAAAGCCAUUUCUACUGAUGGUAAUACUUUAGUUAUAAAUACCAUCAAUUAUGAUGGUGCCGUUACUGAAAAAUCUUGGGAAGGUCCUUCCUUAAAGAUCAACGCUACCAAGGCUACUGAAAAUACUGAUGUUCAACUUCAAAUUGAAGGAUUGGAUAUUGAUUAUUUGAAAUAUAUGAUUAAGUUAUUCAAAGAUGGUGGAAGAUUACCAAAAUUACAUGUAUUUGCUAUCAUUGCAAAAGUACAUGAGUUAUUUAGGAAGGAAAGCACCAUGGUGGAAAUUUCUUUACCUCAUACUAAAUUAGAUGUUUCCAAUUCAACUGAUGAAAUAAUAUUAGAAAAUGGUAAGACACUUACUAUAGUAGGAGAUACUCAUGGUCAAUUUUAUGAUGUAUUGAAUUUAUUCCAAAAAUUCGGUUAUGUAUCACCAGAUCAUAUUUAUCUUUUCAAUGGUGAUUUUGUGGAUAGAGGAUCCUGGUCUUGUGAAGUAGCAUUAUACUUUUAUGUGUUAAAGAUUAUAUUCCCUACUUCAGUUUAUAUAAAUAGAGGUAAUCAUGAAACCAUUGAUAUGAAUAGAACUUAUGGAUUUACUGACGAAUGUGAACACAAAUAUUCUAAGAAAAUCUUUGAUGCUUUCACAGAAUCAUUUGCUGCUUUACCAUUAUCAACUUUGAUUAAUGGCUCUUACUUAUGUAUGCAUGGUGGUUUAUUCUCUGAUGAUAAAAUUACUUUACAAGACAUUAAAGCUUAUAAUAGAUUCCCAUCAUCAGGAUCAACUCAACCUCCAAAACAAGGCAUUGCUAUGGAGUUAUUAUGGACUGACCCACAAGAAGUCAAUGGUCGUGGUCCAUCCAAGAGAGGUAUUGGUAUGCAAUUUGGACCUGAUAUUACUGAAAGAUUUUGUUUAUCUAACAAGAUUAGAAAAGUUAUCAGAUCUCAUGAAGUCAGAAUGGAAGGUUAUGAAGAAGAACAUAAUGGUAGACUUAUUACUGUGUUUAGUGCUCCUAAUUACUGUGAUCAAAGUGGUAAUCUUGGUGCUGUGAUUCACAUCACUGAAAAUGAAGCUUAUAAUAAAGACAAUGAUAAUGGUGAAGGUUAUAGAGAUGUCAAUGAUCCAAAUUGUCCUUGGAAUCUUAAGUUUGAAAAGUUCGCCGCCGUCCCUCAUCCUGAUAUUAAGCCAAUGGCCUAUUCCAAGGGUGGAUUUGGUUUCUAA